GCUGCCCGGGGUCUGGAGCGGGGACAAGCCGGGAAGCGACCACUUCCAUCCCGCACGCUGUCACCCGUGGCGCGCGGUGUGGCCCGGCGUCACCGAGUUGGGCUCAAACAAAGGCUGCGAAGGCUGGGCAGGGCCGGGCCAGCCCUGGAGAAAGGCUUCUCCUUUGCGUUUAGGGAGGAGGAAACGGAUUCGAGAGGUUAGGUGAUUUGGCACAGCCAACCAGUGAAGGAGCUGGGAUUCAAAUCCAGAUUCUUUUUGAUUCCCAAUCUUUGAUUCCCAGUCUCAGACUUAACAAUCUCAGUCUGAGGUUUAAAAUAACCUAGUCUUUUACUAAAACAAAGAACCACUUUUAUUUCUCUCUUUAUACCUUAGGACACAGCGCAGUGUUCCGGACCAUGUGGGCUCUCUGUAUCCACGGUCUCCAUAUUAUCUUUUGUAAAAAAAUUUCAGUGGCGCAAGUUCUAGAUUUCUGACCAUGCGAUAGAACCUUCUGGAUCCUUUUGCUGACUCUGAUGUUUUCUGCUCAGUAUGGCCAGGGGACUGUAGAGGUGGCGAUUUAGAACAAGCACCUGGAGCCUCUAGCUGCUUGCUGAGGAGACAGUUGGAGCGCAAGGAUGGCAGGUGUGCCUUGAGAGCCUAGAGAGUGAAAGGUGCAGACUCUGGAUUUGGGCGCGUGUAUCUGCCGGUUCCCGGGAGUGGAACCGUGCAACUGGGAAGCCUCCCUUCGGAAUUUCUGUCAGUUUCCUCAUCAAAAGUGGACAAGCCCAGUCAGGACUCUCUGCCUUGUGGGUUGAGCCAGAGAUCCCCGGAAAGGAGCCCCGAAGUCGUCAUGCUCCAGCGGCUCCUGAUUUCCUUGCCCGCCGAGACCAGCUCCUGGGUGAAGUUGCACCAUCCAGAGAAGGCCCCGGAGGGCGCGCCCCUGUGGGAGGACGUGCCUGAGAUGUUGGAAGGAGAAGCUCUGCUAUCUCGGGGUGCUGAUGAGACCCAGGGAGAAAGCUUUGAGGAAGAAGCAACAUCUGGGUCCCUGGCAGAAGAAUCCCAGGAGCAGUUGACCUUCAAGGACAUAUCCGUGGACUUCACCCAGGAGGAGUGGGGGCAGCUGGCCCCUGCUCACCGGCACCUGUACCGGGAGGUGAUGCUGGAGAACUACGGGAACCUGGUCUCCGUGGGAUACCAGCUUUCCAAGCCUGGUGUGAUUUCACAGUUGGAGAAAGGAGAAGAACCGUGGCUGAUGGAGAGAGAGGUUUCGGGAGGUCCAAGUCCAGACUUGAAGGGUGAAACAGAAACCAAAGAGUCAGCCUUAAAAAAUGAACUUUCAUGGAAAGAAUUACACCAUUGCCUGAUGAUGGAAAAGUCCACUAGAGGAAGCACCUUGACGUCCACUUUGGGAGGAGUCUCCCAGUGUCACAAGUUAGAAAACCACCAGGAGAACCAAGGAAUGAGUGAGGGGCAAAUGCUCUUGAUCCACAAGAAAACACCCACUCAGGAAAGAGGCCAAGAAUCUAAUAGAUUUGAGAAAAGUGGCAAUAUGAACUCAAAAGUUAUUCCAGGACCAGUAGGUCCUCCAAGAAAAAGACACCAUAAAUAUGAUGUAUCUGGAAAGAAAAGUAGAUACAAUUUAGAUUUGAUUAAUCAUUCAAGAGGUUGUACAAGAAUGAAGACCUUUGAAUGUAAUAUUUGUGAAAAAAUCUUCAAACAGUUCAUUCAUCUUACGGAACACAUGCGAAUUCAUACUGGAGAGAAACCUUUCAGAUGUAAAGAAUGUGGAAAAGCCUUUAGCCAAAGUUCAUCCCUUAUUCCACAUCAGAGAAUCCAUACUGGCGAGAAACCCUAUGAAUGUAAGGAAUGUGGGAAAACCUUCAGACACCCAUCAUCUCUUACUCAACAUGUUCGAAUUCAUACUGGGGAGAAGCCCUAUGAGUGUGGUAUAUGUGAGAAGGCAUUCAGCCAGAGCAUUGGGCUGAUUCAGCAUUUGAGAACUCAUGUCAGAGAGAAACCUUUUACAUGCAAAGGCUGUGGAAAAGCAUUUUUCCAAAUUAGACACCUUAGGCAACAUGAGAUUAUUCACACGGGUGUGAAACCCUAUGUUUGUAAUGUAUGCAGUAAAACCUUCAGCCACAGCACAUACCUAACUCAACAUCACAGAACUCAUACUGGGGAAAGACCAUAUAAGUGUAAGGAAUGUGGGAAAGCCUUUAGCCAGAGAAUACAUCUUUCUAUCCAUCAGAGAGUCCAUACCGGAGUGAAACCUUAUGAAUGCAGUCAUUGUGGGAAAGCUUUCAGGCAUGAUUCAUCCUUUGCUAAACAUCAGAGAAUUCAUACUGGAGAAAAACCGUAUGAUUGUAAUGAAUGUGGAAAAGCCUUCAGUUGUAGUUCAUCACUUAUUCGACAUUGCAAAACACAUUUAAGAACUACCUUCAGCAGUGGUAUGUGAAAUAUGUUCAGUAUCAGAGAGUUCCCCAAUCAGAGAAAAAGCCUCUAAAUCCAUGGUUUUCUGACUUUUGGAUGCCAAGAACCAAUCAUUUUUUAAAUGGUUUGAUCCAAUGUUACAACUAUUAAUUUUACCAUAUUAAAAAAAACCCUACCUCAAUCAGCAUUGCUUCAGAAAAUAAAGGGCAUUUUAAUAUUUAAAAAUAUAGGAAGGUUGUAAUCAUAGAGAACAGCCCUUUGCAAUGAAUUAAAUUAGCUUUAUGAAGAUCUCCCAAUUUUGUCUUUAUUUUUCUCAUUUUGCUGUGGGCCAGGGAAAUCAUUAUGGCAGCUCAGUGAUCUAUUACUGGCUUUGAGAGUCACUGCUCUCUCUUUUUUUUUUUUUUUUUUUUUUGA